AUGGACCCCCUCGGCCCUUUCCCGCAGGAACCUACCCCUAACACGGGGGACGAAGGGUACGUCAAGUUCGGCGGAGCGGACUGGAGCAACGCCGAUUAUAUCUACUCUGGCUCGGUCAACUUUACACAUUCUGUCGCUUCGGGUGACCCGGAUGGGGAGUCGUUCCUCAUCUGGACCCGUGCCUUCCCGGCCCAGGUAGCGGCGGUCGACGUCCCUGUCUGCGUCUCGUACGCUGUGUACACAACGCCCCACGCUUCAGGCCCCCCUGUGCUCAAAGGGACGGCAUACACGUCCUACGACGUCGACUUUACCGUCAAAGUCGAAGCGAAGGCACUGUAUGCGCUUAGCUUGUACUACUACCAGUUUGCCAACUGCGCCAAGCCGGAGGAGAAGAGUCCCAUUGGGCGGGGGAGGACUGCGCCUGACGCGAACACGCCCGCUGAGAAAGUCGGGACGCAGAGGUUUGCUGUCUACUCAUGUUCUAACUUGCCUUUCGGGUUCUUCAACGCGUUCGGAAACCCCACUGUUAAGGAAUCGGUAGACUAUUACAUUCACCUCGGAGACUAUAUCUACGAGUACAAGAACGGCGACUACGGGAACGGGACUUCUAUCGGCCGUGUGCCCCUGCCUGACAAGGAGAUCGCGACACUGAGCGACUACCGUACGCGUAUUGCGCAGUACAGGACUGACCCGGACCUGCAGGAGGCACACAGGCAGUUCUCGUGGUACAUCGUUUGGGACGACCAUGAUGUUGCUGACCAGGCUUGGAAGGCUGGCACGGCCGAUACGAACGACACGGCCUUUGGAUGCUCCAUCCUCGGCGUCUGCUUCACAGAGCGCAAGGCCUCUGCCAUCCGGGCAUUCCACGAGUGGCAGCCUAUCCGCCAAAUCGCGGCCGACGACAAGCUCCGAAUCUGGCACAACAUCCAGUUUGGAAAACUCUUCGAUCUGACACUGCUCGAUACCCGCCAGUAUGAACGCGAUAUCACGGAUUUGUACUACAACACCGACUAUGUUGGGACACUUUCCUCGACCGAGGACUCCCGCUCCCUCAUGGGGAAGGACCAGGAAGACUGGCUCUACUCCACCCUAGACACCUCCGUCCAGCGGGGCGCAACAUGGCGCAUCGUCGGGCAACAGAUCGUCUUCGGAGCGCUGAACUAUACCGGCCUAGAACCAGGCACGACAUUCGACUUUGACGCCUGGGACGGCUACCGCGCGAACCGCAACCGCGUCCUCUCACACCUGUACGACAACUCAAUCGACAACGUUGUCGUCCUUUCUGGCGACUCGCACGCUAAUUGGGUAUUCGAGUCCUCCCUCCCUAAGGCCCUCGGGAAGAAUAGCACCGACACCAGGGGUCAGCUGGUCGAGUUCGCCGGUACGGCAGUCUCCUCCCCAUCCCCCUUCGGGCAAACGUUGCCAGCGAACAUGUCCGCUGCUAUCUCGCAGUACUUGGUUGCUGCCAACCCGGACCUGUUGUGGUCCGAAGGCUUCUAUAGAGGGUACUUCGAACUCCAUAUUUCGGCACAUAACGUGACUGCGAACUACUUUGCCAUCCCAGAUAUACUUACGAGGAACAGCAACGAGUUCCAAUCGGGAUCGUUCGUCGUCUUGGAAGGGACGAACCAGAUCCUUCGCCCUGCAAGCGGGGGCAAGGUACAGGCGGGAGCGCUCCAAGCUGGAGGGUACUGA